GCCGGGUGCCCUGCCAUGGAGACCUUCUUUAGGAGACAUUUCCAGCGGAAGGCGCAGGGCCCCGGGGAGUGCCAGCGGCGGCCCAGUGGCGUGGGGCUGCCCACUGGCAAGGCCCGGCGUCGCUCCCCCGCCGGCCAGGCCUCAUCGUCCCUGAUGCAGCGGCGCCGCUCCAGUGCCCAGCUCCAGGGCUGCCUCCUGGGCUGUGGGCUGGGGAGCCAGGACAGCCGCCGGCGCUCCAGCACCGCGCCCCCCGCCCGCAACGCCCGCUUCGUCGUGGAAGAGAUGCCCGCCACGCUGCCUCUGCCCCAAGGGCCCGCGCCCCCGCCCUUGGCCAGCCUUGGGGGCAUGAGGGAGGAGGAGGAGAACAGGGCCCUGGUGGCCUUGCAGGGGCCCCGGCCUCUGCUGCCCGUGCCCCGGUGGCAGCGCCAGCGCCGCGCCUCCCACCUGCUCCCUGCAGACGCCGUGUCCGACCCGGCCCUCUGGGGCCUGCACGGCUACUACCGGCGUCUUAGCCAGCAGCGGCCCGCGGGCCAGAACCUCGGCCUCCAGGGCCGAAGAGCCUCGGGCACCACUGUGGGGACCCCGGUGCCCGCCCGAAGGCACCUCCUCUCCCGCAGGCGCCAGGUGGCCCUGCGGCGCAAGUCCCCUGGACCCCAGGCCUGGAGCGCCCAGCUUGUGAAAGCCAUCGCCAAGUCGGGCCUCCAGCACCUGGCACUGCCGCCCCCCACGCCCGGCGCCCCGUGCACUGAGCCAGCCCGGCAGAUCCCGAGCACCGUGGACUGGAGCGAAUCGGCUACGAAUGGGGAGCAUAUCUGGUUUGAGACCAACGUGUCGGGGGACUUCUGCUAUGUCGGGGAGCAGUACUGCGUAGCCAAGAUGCUGCAGAAAUCAGUGUCCCGGAGGAAGUGUGCAGCCUGCAAGAUUGUGGUACAUACCCCCUGCAUUGAGCAGCUGGAAAAGAUCAACUUCCGCUGUAAGCCGUCCUUCCGGGAAUCGGGCUCCAGGAAUGUCCGCGAGCCAACCUUCGUACGGCACCACUGGGUGCACCGGCGGCGGCAAGACGGCAAGUGCCGGCACUGCGGGAAGGGCUUCCAGCAGAAGUUCACCUUCCACAGCAAGGAGAUCGUGGCUAUCAGCUGCUCCUGGUGCAAGCAGGCCUACCACAGCAAGGUGUCCUGCUUCCUGCUGCAGCACAUCGAGGAGCCGUGCUCGCUGGGCGCACACGCCGCCCUGGUGGUCCCGCCCACCUGGGUACUCCGCGCCCGCCGGCCCCAGAACACACUCAAGGCCAGCAAGAAGAAGAAGCGGGCGUCCUUCAAGAGGAAGUCGAGCAAGAAGGGUCCCGAGGAGGGCCGCUGGAGACCUUUCAUCAUCAGGCCCACCCCGUCCCCCCUAAUGAAGCCCCUGCUGGUGUUUGUGAACCCCAAGAGUGGGGGCAACCAGGGCGCUAAGAUCAUCCAGUCCUUCCUCUGGUAUCUCAACCCCCGACAAGUCUUCGACCUGAGCCAAGGAGGCCCCAAGGAGGCGCUGGAGAUGUACCGCAAAGUGCACAACCUGCGGAUCCUGGCGUGUGGGGGCGACGGCACGGUUGGCUGGAUCCUCUCCACGCUGGACCAGCUGCGCCUAAAGCCGCCGCCCCCUGUUGCCAUCCUGCCCCUGGGCACGGGCAACGACUUGGCACGCACCCUCAACUGGGGUGGGGGCUACACAGAUGAGCCGGUGUCCAAGAUCCUGUCCCACGUGGAGGAGGGGAACGUGGUACGGCUGGACCGCUGGGACCUGCAGGCUGAGCCCAACCCCGAGGCCGGCCCCGAGGAGCGUGACGAGGGCGCCACUGACCGGCUGCCCCUGGACGUGUUCAACAACUACUUCAGCCUGGGCUUCGAUGCCCACGUCACCCUGGAGUUCCACGAGUCUCGAGAGGCCAACCCGGAGAAAUUCAACAGCCGCUUCCGGAACAAGAUGUUCUAUGCCGGCACCGCCUUCUCUGACUUCCUGAUGGGCAGCUCCAAGGACCUGGCCAAGCACAUCCGCGUCGUGUGUGACGGGGUGGACCUGACUCCCAAAAUCCAAGACCUGAAGCCCCAAUGCAUUGUUUUCCUGAACAUCCCCAGGUACUGUGCAGGCACCAUGCCCUGGGGUCACCCCAGCGAACAUCACGAUUUUGAGCCCCAGCGGCAUGAUGACGGCUACCUCGAGGUCAUCGGCUUCACCAUGACGUCCCUGGCCGCGCUGCAGGUGGGCGGGCAUGGGGAGCGGCUGACGCAGUGCCAGGAGGUGCUGCUCACCACGGGCAAGGCCAUCCCGGUGCAGGUGGACGGCGAGCCCUGCCGCCUGGCGGCCUCCCGCAUCCGCAUCGCCCUGCGCAACCAGGCCACCAUGGUGCAGAAGGCCAAGCGGCGCAGCGCGGGGCCCCUGCACAGCGACCAGCAGCCGGUGCCCGAGCAGCUGCAGAUCCAGGUGAGCCGGGUCAGCAUGCACGACUACGAGGCGCUGCACUAUGACAAGGAACAGCUCAAGGAAGCCUCCGUGCCCCUGGGCACCGUGGUGGUUCCUGGAGACAGCGACCUGGAGCUUUGCCGCACCCUUAUAGAGAGGCUGCAGCAGGAGCCUGAAGGGGCUGGAGCCAAGUCCCCCAUGUGCCAGAAGCUGUCCCCCAAGUGGUGCUUCCUGGACGCCACCACCGCCAGUCGCUUCUACAGGAUCGACCGAGCGCAGGAACACCUCAACUAUGUGACUGAGAUCGCACAGGACGAGAUUUACAUCCUGGACCCUGAGCUGCUGGGGGCAUCGGCGCAGCCUGACGUCCCCACCCCCACCUCCCCGCUCCCCACCUCGCCCUGUUCUCCCACACCCCGGUCACGGCCAGGUGGUGACGCAGCCCCUAGAGGUGAGGAGCUGGUCGAGGCUGCCCAGAGGAAUGACUUCUGCAAGCUCCAGGAGCUGCACCGAGCUGGGGGUGACCUCCUGUACAGGGACGAGCGGGGCCGCACCCUCCUUCACCACGCGGUCGGCAGCGGCAGCAAGGAGGUGGUCCGAUACCUGCUGGAGCACGCCCCCACAGAGAUCCUUGAUGCCGUGGAGGAAAACGGGGAGACCUGUCUGCACCAGGCGGCGGCCCUAGGCCAGCGCACCAUUUGUCACUACAUCGUGGAAGCUGGGGCCUCUCUCAUGAAGACGGACCAGCAGGGAGAUACGCCCCGGCAGCGGGCUGAGAAGGCGCAGGACUCGGAGCUGGCGGCCUACCUGGAAAAGCGGCAGCAUUACCAGAUGGUGCAGCGCGAGGACCAGGAGACGGCGGUGUAGCGGAGCCCCGCGCCCACCUCACUGCCACAUUCCAGCAGGACGGCCUGGGGGGACCCUGCUCCAGGGAAGGAGCCCCUAGCUGCACCCUGAGGAGCUGCUCGGACCUGGGGCUCCAUUCCUGGGAGCUGGGGCAGUUUGACCUGCUCCAGCAAGUUCCCGCCCCAGAAGCCCGACCAGACCAAGAGGCUCCCAGGAACCGGAAGUUGGACUGAGCCCGAGAGGGGCUCCAAGGAGCCUGGGGACUGGAGGCGGAGGGGCGGAGGUCCCAGGAGGGAGCUUCCCAAGAACCCAGCCCCGGGGCGCCCCGACCCCGUCCUGCAGGGCUUUCUGCAGCCCGGCCUGCCAGCUGACCUGCUUGGCCCCCCACCUGGGCGCCCCCCUCUUGUACCCAGUCAUUUCAUCGGGGACUGUGUGGCCUGGGGGGGGGUGGGGCUCUCCCAGUGACAUGUUUACAGCUGGGUGUGACUCAGUAAAUGGACUUUUUUCCUUUC